GGCGCGGGCGGGGCUAGCCGGCCCUCGGGUUCCGGAUCCCGGCGCGCGAUGGCGUCGGGCGGCGGGCGCUGGCUUCGUGGCCUUUGGGCAGCGGGGCAGCCCCUGUUCCAAGGCCGUGCACUGCUCGUCACCAACACGCUAGGCUGCGGCGUUCUAAUGGCGGCUGGGGACGGCGUGCGCCAGUCCUGGGAGAUCCGCUCCCGGUCCGGCCAGAAGUUCGACCCGCGGCGCUCAGCGAGCAUGUUUGCGGUGGGCUGCAGCAUGGGCCCCUUCCUGCACUACUGGUACCUCUGGCUGGACCACCUGCUCCCUGCGUCUGGCCUCCGAGGCCUUCCAAACAUCAUCAGGAAGGUCCUUGUGGACCAGCUGGUGGCCUCUCCCUUGCUGGGUGUCUGGUACUUCGUGGGUCUUGGCUGCCUAGAGGGCCAGACCCUGGACCAGAGCUGCCAGGAGCUGCAGGACAAAUUCUGGGAAUUCUACAAGGCUGACUGGUGCGUGUGGCCCGCUGCGCAGCUGGUGAACUUCCUCUUCGUGCCCCCUCAAUUCCGAGUUACCUACAUCAAUGGCCUGACACUCGGCUGGGACACAUACCUCUCCUACCUGAAGUACCGUGAGGCUGACCCCAGCCCCCAGACAGGUGGAGGAGGGCUCUGUGAAGAGGAGCCUGAAGAAAAGGAUGAAUGCAGCAUGUGACCAGACCCUCUUGUGCAGAUCCCAGACCCCCUAACGUCCUCUAGCUGAGUGCCUCUGGGCAACAUGCAGAUUGAGCUACCCUACCUCCCAACCGGAUGCCAGACAGGACAAGACUGACCUCCAGCUGACCACCCACCUGGGCAGUAAGGGGCGUGGGCUCCUGAAGCAGGCCAGGGCCCUGGACCAAGUCCCAGCCCCACCCCCAUUCCUGGGCAUCUGGCUGGGCUACCCCUUCCAAGCCUACUACCAGGCCUCAGUUUCCCCCCAUCUGGAAUAUAGCCAUGAAGAUGGAUAGUCAUUCCCCAACCCUUCUCACCUGGAGUCUCACGGACCAGGAUGUCCCAUCCUCAGCACUGGGCUCCAGCUACCCAGCCAGUCCCAAGCCCCAACCCCUCAACACUACUGUGGACUGGGCUCUAGGCCCUGGAACCAAGGUGAGGACAUUGUCCAUCCCCUUGGAACAGGGCCUGGCCUGGAGUUGGCCCCCAGGAUCUGGAGCCUUAGGCAGGGCCAGGCAGCGCCAAUGUCAUGCUCUGGUCAUGAACUGUGGAAACUGCAUUAAAUUCUAUCUGUAAUUGAAAA